CUAUAAGGUGUGCUGGAGCCACAAAGUUAUUUUUCUGUAGACCAAAUUUACCAAAAUACUGACCAUAAAAUAGGUUACUUCAAAUACAGGUAACAAGAAGAGGGAAAGAGAUUUAUUGUCCAAGAAAAUGAGAAAAUGUCUGUAUAGUGAGAUUUUGAAAGAUAGAAAAGGCCUGCACAUUGCGUGUUUCAAUUCCCCAUUAACCUUUUGACCAGAUGGAGGAAAACCUAAAGUGGAAAAGGGGACCACAUUUCAGAGAUAGUAUCAAAAAAAUAAAUUGAUUUUCUUCCAAUUAACAGAAAAAAUAUCAAAUAAAAAAAUUGUUGUUCCACAUGGAAACCAUAAAACAGGGAAAAUAUUCUUCACAGCCAAUAAACUUGUAUACAAAUAUAAUCUUUUGCACAAAAAAAAAAACCGAAAAAUAUUGCAUAAUCAAAAUUGAAUGUAUUUGAAGGAAACAACUCAGUAUAGAAGAAUUUUAGAGAAUGUGAGAAUAAUGUAUUGCAAAAUAUGGUGAUGAGCUGACAAAAGGUAAUCAAAAUGAAAAUGUAUCACACGUUAUUUUCUUAAUAUGAAAUUUGUCAAUUUUGCUGAGAAAUACAAAGAGCCAGUAUAUAGAGGAGGAAAAUACAAAAAAUACAAGGAAAAAAAACUUUUACUCAUAUAUGAAUGUAAAAUGAAUGUCAAUAUUGUCUCAUUCGAUUUAUUUUCGUGAUAACAUUACUUUGUAACAGAAACCCAAGUAUCUUCCAUGAAAAUAUUAAUCUUUAUCACACAGUGGAGGGGAAAAUAAAUUAGCAAUUUAGAGAUUAAAGUGUUUGUUCUUAUUGGAGGAGCAGAAAAAUUUGAUAAGAAGACAUCUGAGUGGAUUUUCUUGCUUCAGACACUGGAAGUCAAUUAUUCUGAGUGGGAUUUCGUGUUCAGAAGUAGUCAUUGUCGAGCAUUCGGACAGAAACCCAACGGAUUUCCAUUCAAAAAUCCAUCUUGUGUCAAUUGUACAACAGAGUGCGCUCUUUUCUUCUGAUAAAACGUCACAAAAUUAUUGUUUGGGUUUAUGAAGAAGCGUGCUUUUUGCUGUGUUUAUUUAUUCCAUCUCUAAAUGAUGCAUUUACUGUGAAGUUAAAUUCAUUGAGAACAUAAUCACAACAUAAACAGUUCACUAAAGUGCCAAUCUUACAUAAUACACCGCCCCCAGUGCUCAAGAUGGACAAUCAACUUGAGAAAACAGAGAAUAUUCCGGUGGAACAGAAACCUGAAAAAUGGUACCAGAAGAUAACAGUGGAGCCUACAAUGUUUCUGUACAUGAUGGCCUUUAUGGUGACUUCUGUGAUUGAGCAGGCCUUCUAUGUGCACAAAGCUUGUACAGUGGAUCACAAUUACCCCGCGGAAGUAUGCGAUAAUCUCGAAAUUCAUCAGGAUAUCAAGAAGCAAGUACAAAUCACUGUGUCAAACUUCCAUCAAUGGAAUAAUGUUCUGGGCCACAUAUUCCCGAUAAUCUUGGCUCUGUUCUUGGGAUCGUGGUCUGAUCGGCGUGGUAGGAAGCUCCCCAUGAUAAUAGGACUUGUGGGAAAAUUCUACUGGUCCGUUAUGAUUAUUGUAAAUUCUUAUCAAGACACUUGGCCUUUAAAGACUGUGAUAUACUCCGCUACACUUCCAAGUGCCCUAACAGGAGCCGAUGUAGCAAUCUUUGCUUCUGCAUUUGCAUACAUAUCAGACGUAUCUACCGUGUCUUCCCGGACAAUUCGUGUAACUAUCCUGGAUGUUUGCUACUUAAGUACAAUGCCAACUGGUGUAGCACUCGGGUCUUAUUUGUUCAGCAACGUCGUCAAUCGCAAUUAUUCUGUCAUGUUCAUGAUAAACGCUUCGUGUCUUCUGGCGGCGAUAAUUUACUCAUUAAUUCACUUGAAAUGGCAAACGACCUCCACUCAGCGAUCCCUCCGCGAGGUUGGCAUCACAGGCGUUCUCUGUGACUUCUUCGAUCGCAUGCACGUGGUGGAGUCACUGAGGACACUUGGCAAGAAGCGCGAGAUGAAACGCCACAUUUACUUGUGGAUCUUCAUGGUGGCCAUGGCUCUGUACACGUUCCAGCGCGAUGAGAAGCCCAUGAUGUACCUCUACACACAGCUCAAAUUCGACUGGGAUACAGUGCUGUACAGCAACUUCAAGACCUUCCAAUCGUCUGCCUACGUUAUCAUGAUGCUGGCGGGAAUUCCUCUCAUGAGCAAAGUUUUUGGAUGGCCAGACACCGCGAUUGUGAUGGUUGGAGCUUGUGCACAUGCCACUGCUCGAUUAUUCUUUGCAUUUGCCGAGGUUCCAUGGCUCAUUUAUGUUGGUGGAGCUGUCUCCAGUUUGGGUCCAGUUGUAGCUCCUGUCCUCCGCUCGAUGACCUCCAAAGUUGUCCCCUUGGCAGAACGAGGAAAAGUCUUUGCACUCCUUUCCGUCUUCGAUAAUGCCGUGCCCCUCUUCAGUGGAGUUCUCUACACUCAGGUCUACAAUGCCACUAUCGAUACCCAUCCGGCGGGAAUCUUCUGGCUCACCCUGGCCACGCAAAUGUGUGUCUUCCUCUUCACACUCUACAUCCACAUCUCCCUCAAAGGACGAUCUCUAGCCGUGGCAGAAGUAGAGAAGACAAGUACCUUAAUUGGAGGAGACAAAAUCCCAUCGGAAGAAGAGGAUUCAGCUCAAAAGUGAUCAUUUUUUUUAAAGCUUUUAGUAUGCGAAAAGUAGAACCUUCAGUAAUAGCAUUCCAGAAUAGCAUUUAAAAGACUUCUUUUCCUGAUUAUAGUUUCCUAGUAAUAUAAAUUCCUCAGGCUUAAGCAGGAAGCCCAAUUUUUUGAAGCUAUAAAAUUGGUGAUAAAUCUCUAAUGUUGAUUUUUGAAAACGAUAAGUCCAGGAGGAAAAAAGACAAUAAAAUCCUCAUCAAUUUUUA